CGUGGAACAUAGCCAGCUUGAUAAAGGAGGUCAAAGCAAGCGCCUCACAGCAGACGACUAAGCAACUGCACAGCCGUGAAUAUCAAGCCCCUCUAGCAGUGAAUGACGAGGGAAGAGGCAAACUCCCCUCCUUAACAACAAUGCGAUUAAAAUCUGCUGUAAAUUCUCCAUCCCCUUCUCAGCUUUUGUUUUUCUUGCUUUCUUUGAAAGCAGCAUGAACAUCACUGUCUUUAUUGUUGCUGUUUGCAUUUCGUCCUUCAAUCCUCCAAUUAUUCCUGCUUUAUUUUGAAAUCUCAUACCUACUUUGCAUAUCUUCAUUUUCCUGUUGUCUUCUUUGACUCUACUCAAACAUCAUGGAGCCUGUCACUGAACACCAAAUCACGACGUUCUUCAUGUACUACAACCAUACAACAGAGGUCCGGCCUGCUACUAAGCACGCCAUUCUUCCGGUUACAUAUGCUAAUGGAUGCAUCCAGGAUGAUGAUAACAAAAUUUGUGUUGUUAUGGUGGGACUUCCUGCGAGAGGAAAGUCGUUAAUUGCAGGCAAAGCAUUGCGAUACCUCUCAUGGAUUGGAAUCCCUGCAAAGAUUUUCAACGUCGGGCAAUAUAGGCGCCAGGAUACCCCACGGCCAUCGGCGUCUUUCUUCGACAACUCGAACCCGGAUGGAGAGAGACUCAGGCGUGCGGCGGCUGAAGCUGCAGUCAAGGAUAUGUUGAACUGGUUUGCAACUACAGACGGCCAAGUUGCAAUUCUCGAUGCCACAAACUCUACCAAGGAACGUAGAGAAUGGAUUUAUAACACCUGUCGUCUUGCGGGUAUCGCGCCAUUGUUCGUCGAAUCAAGAUGCGAUGACCAUGAUCUGAUUAUGAAUAACAUCCGUGAAGUCAAGACUACUUCUCCGGAUUACUUUGGACAAGACCCCGAGGAGGCUGCGAAAGAUUUUAUGAAUCGCAUCCGUAACUACGAGAAGGUCUAUCAAACAAUUGGACCCGACGAGGAUCACUAUGCUUAUGUUAAGUUAAUUAACGUAAGCACGCAAGUUAUCAUCAAUCGAAUUCGCGACUAUCUAUCUAGCCGUCUCGUCUAUUAUAUUCAAAACCUCCACAUUCGCCCUCGUUCAAUCUGGUUGUCACGGCAUGGGGAAUCCGAAUUCAAUCUCACUGGGAAAAUAGGCGGGGAUGCAAAUCUCUCUCCUCGCGGCGAGCAAUACGCACUCGCUUUGCCUGACCUCCUCCGUGAGUCCGGAAUUCCUAAAGGAGCCAAGCUUACAGUUUGGACUUCCACUCUAAAGCGCACAAACCAAACCGCGCGUCACCUUGUUAAAGAGAUGGGCUACCACAAGCUAGAGUGGAAGGCUCUCGAUGAGCUUGACUCCGGUGUAUGCGACGGUCUUACUUACGAGGAGAUUCAGUCCCGCUACCCUGAAGACUUUGCAGCGCGUGACGAGGACAAGUACAACUAUCGGUAUCGCGGAGGCGAAUCGUAUCGCGAUGUUGUCAUUCGACUUGAACCGAUCAUCAUGGAGCUCGAGAGAAGCGAAAAUGUCAUCAUCGUGACACACCAAGCCGUCCUCCGCUGCAUCUAUGCGUACUUCCUGAACAUGUCGCAGGAACAAAGCCCAUGGAUGGAGGUUCCUUUGCAUACGCUUAUAAAGCUCACUCCUCGUGCUUACGGGACUGAGGAACAGCGAAUUAAAGCUAACAUUCCGGCGGUUUCAACUUGGCGUGGCAAAGGCAGCGAGGCCAAGCACCAAACUCCCGGCGAAUCGGAAGUUCAAGCCUUGCUCUCCUCUCAGCAGGAAAUACCCAUCGGCAAGACAUCUUCUGCGAACGCUACUACUUCUAUCGUUGUAGCUAAUAAUACCGGCCUUACCGAUCUUCAACCUGCUACUAGUGACGACCGUGUCCCUGACGCGGAGGUACCGGAUCCGGUGGACCGCAAUAGUACAACUGCUUAAAAAUCAUUCCAGCGUUAACAGCCCUACUGAGCCACUGACUGCCACGGAGGCCGAUUUGAAUGAAGCUCCUUAGCUGGAUGCCGCCUCCAGUACUGGUCUCCUUUUUAUUUCGUGUUUAUUUGCUUGUUUGCCACAAUAUCUCUUAAAGGACUCAAGAGUUCCGUCUUCCAGAAUAAAAUUCUAUGUUAUGAGAGCAAGGCGCAUUUGUGGGAAUGCGGCAAGGACGGUGACAGGAAAAAAGUUCGCUGGAAUAGGGUGUUAGUUUAGGGAUCUUUUAUGGACCAACAGUAACUAAUGAAUGCUCCUUAGGUGGGAACAAAGUGGAAAGGUGCAGUUUGGAUUUUAAGGGUUACUUCUAAUGGGCUUAGCGAAAUCAAUAUUCUCCUUACUCUCCUC